AUGCAUUUCUCAAAGGCUUCUUUGGCAGCACUCCUGGCCACUGGUGCCAUUGCCGCACCGCUCGAAGAGCGCCAGAGUUGUCCCAGCAUUCACAUCUUCGGCGCUCGCGAGACCACAGCUCCAGCUGGCUAUGGGAGCGCGGGUACUUUUGUCAACUUGAUCUUGCAAGCGUAUCCAGGCGCGACGGCAGAAGCCAUCAACUAUCCAGCUGCAGGAAGCACUAAUCAACAAUAUGCUUCAUCAGUUCAACAAGGCACGCAGAACAUUGCCAACCAAGUUAACUCCUUCAACAGGCAGUGCCCCAACAGCAGGCUGGUAAUUGUCGGAUACUCUCAGGGAGCACAGAUCGGCGACAACGCCCUUUGUGGUGGAGGAGAUCCUAAUCAGGGUAUCACCUACACCUACCCACUGAUCACAUCAGCUGCCAGCAACGCAAUCAAGGCAGUGAUCUGGGCUGGCAAUCCAAGGAACUCCCCAGCGGAAUCGUCCUUCAAGUGGGGCUCGUGCUCGGCAGGUGGUUUUGACCCUCGCCCUAAUGGCUUCUCAUGCCCAACAUAUCAGGCACGCAUCAGGUCGUACUGCGACUCCGCAGAUCCAUAUUGCUGCAAUGGCAACAAUGCUGCAGCCCACAAUAAUUAUGGUAGUGUCUAUGGUCAGAACGCUCUUGCUUUCGUGAAGAGCAAACUAGGAUGA